AUGAUCACACCGCGAUUUUCAUGCGAUCAAACCGACGAGCAUGUCAUCGUGAAGGUGUACUGCCCAGCCAUACGUGCUUCCGACGUCGACAUUCAUGUCGAUGACACCCUGCUCACAAUUCACAUCAAUCCCUAUUUCUUACGUCUGAACUUCCCUCAUCCUGUAUCUGAGGAAGAUGGAUCUGCUGCAAGAUAUGAUGCGGGCGCUGGCUUCCUCUACGUGACUCUCAAUAAGCAAGUGAAGGGCCAGGAAUUCAAGGAUCUCGAUUUGCUCUCCAAACUGCUCGCGCCUCGGCCGACUCAGGCGCAACCACCUGCUAUCGAGGUCAUCUCCUCGCAAGCUGCGGACACAGCCCGCGCGGAUGACGAUGUGGACCGCUUGUCAUCCCAAGCAGAGCGUCUGACGCUGGAGCAAGACGAGUUCCUCCAAGCGGAAGAGAAUGAAUGGCAGUACCCGCAGACGGUACCGGAGCCUCUUGACAGCCUAAAUAUCAGGCCGGAGAAACCCUACGGCUUCCUCAAUAUGUACUCCGGGUACUUGACGCAUGUCGCGCUUACCGAGAACGAGGUCAACGAAUUGGGUGCUGAUGCGGAGACGAUGACACCGCAGAUGCGGCGGGAGAGGCGUAUAGCCCACGAGAACGAGAAGUGGGACGAAGAGCACUAUAUGGCUGACUACGCAGACGACGAGUACAUUCAGGAGCUUCUGCAGUGGCGACCUCCGUACACAUCGGAGACGGUAGAUGAGUUCACAGAGGAUGAGAAGAUGAUGAUGCUUCGCCUCCCCCGGAAAGAAUCGACACAGCAGGAGACGGACCAGCUGUAUGCGACGCUGAUAACCAUUCUAUUCGCAUACGCAUACGAAGCCCGCACCACACAAAUAGAGCCUACACCGGAGAGCGCUUGGACGUUGUGUAGCCUCACGCCGGCCUUUUCUGCGCUUGACCCGUCUCCAUACGCUCCUGGACCCCCUUUGUCCUCCGAGAACCUCGCCACAGCUCUUGUGCCGUCUUACCGACGUACCCUCAGCUUCCCGCUCUAUCGCUCCUUCGCGCUCGCCGAAGCCUGCCGCGCGGACGUUGCCUCGCUGCUUGCACGCGGUAAACGCACCGUCCUGCGCUCCCUACUGGCCACGAAGCGCAUCCUCGACCGUCACGAGGUUUAUUACCUUUACAGCAAACUCUGGCUCGAUGACUUUUGCGUAUGGGUCCAAGGCUACGCGAGGUAUGCCUUUCCUAUUGUCUUUCAACGGUACAAACCCAAUCUAAUCCCCGUGAGUAGAGAUGAUACUCUUAUGGACCUCGGGACCCGCCUUGGCACCCUCAAGGUCCGCAAAGACGAUCUGGGGUGGGAUUUGGAAGCAUUGGAAGAAGCCGCGCGGGCUGCUUUGAACGGGGAAGCGGCGUCGGAUAGCGACGACGAGUCGGAGGACGAUGCGAAUGGCCCGACCCAGCUGUAG